AUGUCUGAACAAGCCGGUGCUCCAGCCCAAGGUGGUGCUCCAUCCCAAGCCCCAAGAAGAGGUGGUUUCGGUGGCAGAAACAAGGGCCGUCAAGGUAGAAGAGGUGGCAGAAAUGUGGAAGAAAAAGGCUGGACUCCAGUCACCAAGUUGGGUAGAUUAGUCAAGGCUGGUAAGAUCACCAGCAUUGAGGAAAUCUUCCUACACUCUUUGCCAGUCAAGGAGUUCCAAAUCAUUGACACCUUGUUGCCAAGCUUGUCUGAUGAAGUUAUGAACAUCAAGCCAGUCCAAAAGCAGACCAGAGCUGGUCAAAGAACCAGAUUCAAGGCAGUUGUCGUCGUUGGUGACUCCAACGGUCAUGUCGGUUUGGGUAUCAAGACCGCCAAGGAAGUUGCUGGUGCCAUCAGAGCCGGUAUCAUCAUUGCCAAGUUGUCUGUUAUUCCAAUCAGAAGAGGUUACUGGGGUAACAACUUGGGUCAACCACACUCUUUGGCCACCAAGACUUCUGGUAAGUGUGGUUCCGUUAUCGUUAGAUUAAUCCCAGCUCCAAGAGGUUCCGGUAUCGUUGCUUCUCCAGCUGUCAAGAAAUUGUUGCAAUUGGCCGGUUUGGAAGAUUGUUACACCCAAUCCAACGGUUCCACCAGAACUUUGGAAAACACUUUGAAAGCUGCUUUCGUUGCUAUUGGUAACACCUACGGUUUCUUGACUCCAAACUUGUGGACCGAACAUGCUUUACCAGUUUCCCCAUUGGAUGUUUAUGCUGAUGAAGCAGCCAUUGAGAAGAAGAGAUUCUGA